GAUUCACAAGUUUAAUUUUUAGAGAAGUACCAUUCUCAUGUAUUCAGUUUCCGUUAUACGAAAAUUUUAAAUAUUUAGUUGCAAAUGGCACGCAUCGAAAAUAUAUUGAACCUUGGGAAGCUGCAAUUUGUGGAUCUUUUGCUGGUGGUAUAACUGCUGGUGUUACUACUCCUUUAGAUGUUAUUAAAACACGAUUAAUGCUGUCAACUAAAGAUCAAAAUAUACAUAAUUAUUCUGGAAUAACAAAUACAUUUUAUCGUAUUUUAACACAAGAAGGUAUAAAGGUAUUAUUUUCCGGAAUAGGCCCGCGGGUAUUAUGGAUAUCUAUCGGCGGAUGCAUAUUUUUAGGUGCUUAUGAAAAA